CACUGCAUCCAUCAACAACGCACAGCUUGCGUUGCGUUGCGUGCUCUGCCCGCGCGGCGCGGCGCCUAAUCCUCUUUUUCUUUAGCUCAAAACCGGCGACUAAAUUUCGCGCCAGCCGGCAGCCGGGGGGGUAUAAGUAGUCGCCGCCGCCGCCGUCUUCGUCGUCUUCCUCCCCGAUCCGCACCUCCCCCGCUCCCCUUUUUCCUUGACAUCACGUUCUCACACCUCAUCCACAGCCGAUUCCUCCUCCUCCUCCUCCUCCUCCUCCUCUGCCCGGGCGGCCGGCUGGCCUCGAUCUGCUUCCACCUCCCGAUCGACCGGCUCAAUUCCUCCGUCGGUUCGGCCUCUGGCGGCCUGCACGCGAUGAACUCUUGCUUCCAGGGCCUAUGGAGAGCCAUGGCUGGGGCUCUGCCGCCGCCGCCGUCGUGCUGCCUCGGAGCUGCCGCGUGUAGGUUGCUUGCAACGCAGCAGCUAUAGCAGCUGCGUGACUGCAUCGUAUCCAUCAGUCGAUCGAGUCCAUAUCGGCCUCCCUUGGGCGUCGUCUUCUUGAGCGCGGGAACAGAGGCAAGGCAGCAAAUCGAAGAAGCCAGUUUUUGAAGAACAUAAUAGCAAAAGCAGCAGCAACGGCAAUGGAGGGAGCUGGUUUGCAGUGACGCGCGCGCGCCAUGGAUCCCGAGCCAUUUGUGCGGCUCUCAGUCGGGCAGCUCGGUCUGAAGCUCCCCGGCGGGAACGCCAGCAAGGCGGCCGGCCGGCUGUGCGACUGCGAGAUCCGGCUGGGCGGGUUCCCGGUGCAGACCGCUCCGGUGCCGCUGAUCCACUCCCCGGCGUUCAACCUGGACCCGUUCACCAACGCGGCGGUCUUCUCCCUCGACGAGUCCGACCUCAGGGCGCUGGCGGCGCCGGGGUGCUUCCGGGCCCCGCGGACGUCGUGCCUCGAGGUCGCCGUGUACUACCUGGCCCGCUUCGGCGCUUCUUCUCGCUGCGGCGGCGUCGUCGCUGCCGCCUGCAGGAGGAAGCGGCUGGUCGGCGUGUUCAGGGUGGAGCUCGCGUCGUCGGAGUGGCGGGACGGCAAGCCCGUGCUGCUCCACCAUGGGUGGGCCGGCAUCGGCAAGGGGGAGGCCAGCGCCAGGCCGGAGCUCCACCUCAGGGUGAAGCUGGAGGCUGACCCCCGCUACAUCUUCCAGUUUGACGAUGACAUCGCGCUCAACCCGCAGGUCGUCCAGCUCCAUGGCAGCAUCCGGCAGCCCGUGUUCAGCUGCAAGUUCAUCCGCGACAGGCGGCCGUCUCAGAGUGACCCGUUGGGCGGCGGCGGGCAGUACUGGUCGAGCUCCAGCAGCGAGGAGAAGGACAUGGAGAUGGUGAGGCGGGAGAGGAAGGGGUGGAAGGUGGUGAUCCACGACCUGUCCGGCUCGGCCGUCGCGGCGGCGUUCAUGGCCACGCCGUUCGUGCCGGCGCCGGGCGGGGACACGGUGGCGCGGUCCAACCCGGGCGCCUGGCUCAUCGUGCGCGCCGACACCACGGGGUCCUCGGACAGCUGGCAGCCGUGGGGUCGGCUGGAGGCGUGGCGCGACGCGGCGGCGGCGAGCGGCGGCAAGGACACGGUGCGCCUGCGGCUGCACCUGCUCCCGGACCGCCACGACGACUGCGUGCUGGUGUCGGAGGCGCCACUGAGCAGCGACAAGGGCGGGGAGUUCUUCAUCGACAUGGACAGGCAGGCGCCCUCCGCCACGGCGGCGGAGCACUGCGCGGCGAGCCUUGGCGCCGCGUGCGCCGGCGGAGGGUUCGUCAUGAGCUGCAGGGUGGAAGGGGAGGCGAGGAGCAGCAGGCCGUUCGUGCAGCUCGCCAUGCGCCACGUCACGUGCAUGGAGGACGCCGCCAUGUUCGUCGCGCUCGCCGCCGCAGUCGACCUCAGCGUCAAGGCGUGCCGCCCGUUCCGGAGGAAGCCGAACAAGAAGGCUGGCUCGCCGUCGCCCGACCUUCUCGAGCUCGACACGUAGGAACACAACAGCACAGGGACACAGGAGACGCCCGCCCGCCGACUAGCAUCCAUGGCCGGGGGCCGGCCAUGCAUCCAUCUAACUCGAUCUGUAAAUUCACUUAAUUUCAAAGAGCUGGACCGGACCUUUUUGCACUUUGCAGCAAUGCAAAACUCUCUGUUGUUUGAUUGA